AUGUCUCACACCACCACCACCACCACCACCAGCAACGACGACGCAGAGGCUGGUGCUGCAGCGCCAUCUUCAUCAUCUCCCCCCAAGCCAACGACUCCACCUCAAGAGAACCCCAAAGUCACAGACCACUUAGCCAUGCGGCAACCUUGCGUGCAACCGAUCCGAGACAGGAGCAUGUCGCGCGGCUGGGACAAGGCGAUGAAGUGUGCUCAGGUCACGACGGAGAACGAACGCGCCAGGAAGGAAAUCGAAGCGGCCGGAUGUCAUGUCAAGGACUAUGCGACGGGAUAUGGGACGAGGACUUGCGGCGGCGAGAAAGGUCCGACGAAGGAGUAG